UUUUUUCUUUCACGCCUUGAGCAGCACGCAGAGCAGGAGCUAGAAGGGAAGCGAAGGAGAUGGCGAUGAGAGCAGCGGCGGCCAGGCGAGCGAGCUUGAUUCGGUUCAAGGACUCGUCUCGAGGAGCGACUCGGUACAUGAGCUCCGGCCAGGGGAGGAUCCUGAGCGAUGAGGAACUCGCUGCCGAGAAGGUCUACAUCCAGAAAAUGGAGAGGGAGAGGAUGGAGAAGCAGAGGAGGAAGGCCGAGAAAGAGAAGGCCGAGAAAGAGAAGGAGGGUGCUGACAAGAAACCUGAAGAGGCUCGUACUGCUUGAGAGCUUGAUCUUUAACUCCUGAUGAAGCGGGGGUGUCCGCAGGCGAAUAAUAAGUAUGCAAAUAAACUUGUCCUGGGAGUCGCUUCUUGUACAGAAUAAUUCUCUUGUUAAUAUCGGAUUCGGUCUACUAAGAGUGAUGCUGUUUUUGUGAGCUUGUAAUACUUAAAGCUUGGUUGUUAGUCGGUUUCCUUUUGCUUCUCUUGGAAAAUAAUACAAUCAGGAAUCAGGAUUACAUCCGUUUAUUUCGUCUAUGAAUCGGAAGAGUUGAUUUGUUA